AUGGAACUCUUCCUGAUUCUCGUCUGUCUGAUCGCGCCGCCCACCCUCUCGCUCUCGAUCAAGAGCAAGCUCAAUCCACGGAUCGUUCAGACGCGCUACGGCGAGGUGCAGGGGCUCGUACGCUCCUUCGAAUACGCCAAGUUCCUCAAGCCGAUCGACGUCUAUCUCGGGAUACCGUACGCGACCCCUCCGAUAGGGGGCAACAGAUUUUCGCCGACCAAGGCGUCCAGUCCGUGGGAAGGAGUCAGGUUAUCGGAUUCGGUCGGUCCAGUCUGUCCUCAAAAGCUGCCCGACAUCUCAAAUGAGCAAGAGGCGUUAGAGCGUAUGCCGAAGGGUCGGCUCGAGUACUUGAAGAGAUUGCUACCCCAUCUACGAAAUCAGAGCGAGGAUUGUCUCUACCUGAACAUCUACGCGCCGGCCAUGGGGAUGGCGGACAACAACGGUAGAAAGCAUCCGGUGUUGCUGUACAUCCACGGGGAGAGCUACGACUGGGGUAGCGGAAAUCCGUACGAUGGCAGCGUGCUGGCCAGCUACACCGACCAAGUAAUCGUGACGAUGAACUACCGGUUGGGCGUGCUCGGCUUUCUCAACGCCAACAUGGCGCCCCAGACCAAGGCGAGGGUCGCGAAUUACGGGCUGAUGGAUCAGAUCGCGGCGCUCCAAUGGGUCAACGAGCACAUCGCCCUGUUUGGCGGCGAUCCCAACAACGUGACGCUGAUGGGCCAAGGGACUGGGGCCGCCUGUGUUCAUUUUCUCGCCAUCAGCCCGACCGUCGUGCGUGGUCUGUUCAAGAGGGCUAUUCUAUUAUCAGGCAGCGCCCUCUCGUCGUGGGCAGUGGUCGAGGAUCCUGUUUCUUACGCCUUAAAACUGGCCAAGGCGGUCAAUUGCACGAUUCCGAAUGAUUUGUUCAAGAACAACGAACUGAUCGUCGAUUGUCUUCGGGAUCGAAGUUUGGAGGAAUUGAUGAAAGUCAAUAUCCAACCGCCGACAUUUUUGAGCGCGUUUGGGCCCAGCGUAGAUGGCGUGGUCAUCAAGCCAGACUUUCAGAAAGAUCUUCUCUCGUACAUGGGUCCGGAAUUCCAAGGAUUCGGGCCGCUGCCAAAGAAAGCGGAGCACGGUGCCCCGAUCACGAGUAACAACAAAUACGACUUGCUGUUCGGCGUGACCACGAGCGAAGCGUUGUGGAAAUUCGCGGAGAAGGAUGUACAGCAAGGGUUCGAGGGCGAAAGAAGAGACAGGAUCAUCAGAACGUACGUGAGGAACGCGUACGUGUAUCAUCUGACGGAAAUAUUUUAUACGGUGGUGAAUGAAUACACGGAUUGGGAGCGGACAGUGCAGCAUCCGGUGAACACGAAGGACGCCUGCGUCCAGGCGCUAAGCGACGCCCAAUUUGUGGCGCCUUUGGUGCAGACUGGCGACCUCUUCACUCUAAGACACACGAAGAAACCGAAUAAUCCUCACAUAGCACCGAUUCCCGAAAGCGAGAAAGAACCACUGCCCAAAACGUAUUUCUACGUGUUCGAUUAUCAGAUGAAGGAUGGGGAUUAUCCUCAGAUGGGCUCGGUCCACGGCGAGGAAUUGCCAUUCGUCUUCGGGGCACCGUUAGUGGACGAGUUGGGACACUUUCCGAAGAACUACACGAGGUCUGAAGUGGCACUCUCCGAGAGCAUCGUGCAGUUCUUUGCCAACUUCGUCAGAACUGGGAACCCGAACGUGAUCGAUCACCACGGUCGAAACGACACGCUUCUGCCCGCCAGCCGGGAGAAAAGCCGUUUUCGGAGCCUGACGUGGGAUCAAUACGAUCCGGUGCACCAGAAAUACUUGGAGAUCGGCAUGAGGCCAAAGAUGAAGAAUCAUUACAGAGCUCAUCAACUAUCCGUUUGGCUUCGCCUCGUCCCAGAACUUCAUCGAGCCGGAAUGGAGGACGUUGAUUCGAGACACAACUUGUUCCGAGGACACUCGGAUCCCAACCUCUACGACGGAUCGGUGAGGCCGGAUCCCCUGAGCAGAAUCACCGAGGAAUUCAAAAGGAAGAACGUAACCACCGAGCCUCCGACCACCACGGAUUACAAUGCUGCCACGUGUGUCAGUUACAUUCAGACCACGAAUUUGCAGAACAUUAAUAACACCGGUAUAGACACCCUGGCCAAUUUGGAUGCAGCUGGGUAUGCCGCGUACUCGACAGCUUUGAGCGUGACGAUCGCGAUCGGAUGCAGUUUGCUGAUUUUGAACGUGCUGAUAUUUGCGGGGGUUUACUAUCAAAGGGACAAAACGAGGCUCGAGGUAAAAAGUCUUCAACAGCAACAAAUAUUGAAUCAACAGUGCGGACCACGAGGUUUCUCCGAACUCAAACAGCCGCCUCCGCCACACUCUCAUUUCCCUGGGGGCGGCCAAGUUAUCGUCGAUGUUGAAAAUGAGAUGCUGAGAAGGUAG